AUGUCGACCAACCCAAACCAACAGGUAUUAGAUGCCAUAGCAGCAUUAGAAACCAGAUUAGGAGCAAGAAUCACUGACCUUGAAACUAGGCUGAAUACUCGCUUGACUAUAGCUGAAAAUUCAAUCACCAACCUCCAAGUGACUCACAACGAUGGAGAAUCUGAACUUGGUGAGACUGAACCGUCCCGCCCCAGAGGCCUUGGGCCACAACACCAAAGGGACUAUCUAAGAGCACGUGAGACACCAGAUGAGCAUGUAAUGCGCAGUAUUAAGAUCGAUGCACCAAGUUAUGAUGGUCGUCUUGACCCAAAAGUCUUCAUCGAUUGGCUCGCUGAUAUGGACCAUUACUUUGAAUGGUAUAGCUUGUCUGACGAUCGCAGAGUUCGUUUUGCAAAAAUGAAGCUCAUUGGUCCUGCAAAAUUACAUUGGAACACAAUAGAAAAUAUGCUUGCUAGAGCUAGACAACCCCCUGUGGUACAUUGGGAUGAAAUGAAGGAGAAGUUAAAAGAAAAAUAUCUCCCAACAUCCUAUAAGAGUCGCCUGUUAGAUCAGUGGCAACGACUGAUUCAAGGAAAUAAACCUGUGUCUGAGUACAUCGCUCGCUUUGAUGAGUUCUUCAUGCGAUGUGAUGCACGUGAGAGUGUGGAAUUGACCCUUUCUAGGUUUUGGUCCGGAUUGCGAGAUGAUUUACAAAAAGAGCUUAUUCUGCGUGAGGUCAAUUCAUUAGAACAUGCUUAUCAACUUGUCCAAGACAUUGAGCGAUAUACUAAUAAGACAACCUUUAGGCGAUUUGAUCUUAAGGAGACCAAUUAUAAGAACACCCACGAUAGUCAAACUAAUACUUGGAGUAAGCCUAAUAUUAGAAAUCAAGCGACCGAGUCCCCAAAAAUUAAUGAUCAAAAGAAUAAGGGAAUUUUAAGUGAACCACCCAAAAUUUCUAGAGAUCAGUGUUACAGAUGUUUUGGUUUUGGGCAUAGAGCUAGUCAAUGUCCUACUAAGAAAACACUGGUCAUCGAAGAAGAUAGAAAUGAUGAAGAAAAUGAGUUGGUCUAUGAACCAGAGAUAGACCCUGAAGAGUCAGAUGAAGGUGAGGAACGCGGCUCACUUGAGGGUUCCACUCCUUUAGGCAUAGUUAGGUGUGUCCUUACACAACCUAAGCAAGAAGAUGAUGACUGGAGACGUCGAUCCAUAUUUCACACUUAUAUCAAAUGUGGCGAACAUAGCUGUAAGGUUAUCAUCGACAGUGGGAGUAGUGUCAAUGUUGUAUCCACAAGAACUGUCAAGAAGCUACAGUUAAAGACAGUGCCUCAUCCUAACCCUUAUAAUGUGUCAUGGGUGGAUAAAACCGCAUCAGUUUGGUAUCCUCCUCCUUCCCCUUCUUAA